AUGAUACCAGCUGGACUUAAUGUACAACUUAUAAUGGCCAACAUUGGUACUGAUGCUUUAGUAAUUCCCAGAUAUACAGUUUUCAAUAAAGAUUGGAUGCUAGCAGGAGAUAAGUUAACAUCUAAAGUUGUGUGUACACCAAAUGCAAAUUUGCCAAAUAGAAUAGUUGUAUUAGCUGAUAUUACUCUCAGGCAAUUAAUUGAUUACUUUAAGAGAAAUUAUUCUAUAAUUGCAAGACAUGCUAAUAUGGAAGAUAAUAAAUUUUGCCGUAGAUUUAUUGAAGAACUUUCUUCAGAUAAUCAAAUAGAGAUUCAUCAUAUAGGACUUAGUAAACCUAUUGAUGAAAUCUUUUUAUCUUUAAAAGAGAUUGAGAGUUAUAAAGCUGAAUUACUUUCUAGUACCAAUCCUCUUUUGCAAUCCCAAUAA